GGGAGUGUGUGUAUGUGUGUCCGUGUGUAUGUGCCGGAGAAAAAGCGAUCUUAGACUUGACAAAGCUUUCAAGAUUCCAACGGGGAAUUCUGCGUGAAGUCUGCCUGGAUCCGGGACGACUCUUUUUAGAGAGCGAUGUUUUCGGCUGGAAACUACUCUUUGCUCUUCCAAGGCUGGAGGUGUCGGACAAGCUUUAACUGUUCAGAAGUGGAAAAAAAGUUUUGUUGAUGAAACUUAAGGGUUGAUUUCUUUCUUUUUCUUUUUUUUCCUUCUUCAAUCUGAAGCCUGCCCGCGGAUCACAGGAGUCAUGUUUGCACUCUUCCAUAACCUGGGUUUUGCAUCCAAGUUUUGAGUACCUCGAACCGGGAAUAACUGAGGGACAAUUGUUUUCUUCUGGUUACUUUUUCCCCCUUGAGUUUUCCCCCAAAGAGACCCGGGGUUCGUCACUUUGAUUCAUCCUGUACAUACGCGCCUGCUGCUGGGGCAGAAAGGCACAUCGCAUUUUCUCGGAGCUUUGCCAUUCAAGAAGCAGCAGUAGCAGCAGCAGCAGCAGCCACAAUAGCAGCCACAUUUCUGAGCCCUUUGGAGGCUGAAGGGAUUGCUCGUGGUCCAUGCUUGUAUAGAGGUGUUCAGAUGGGAUUAAUGUCCACAUGGAACUAUGGAAAAGGACCCGGGAUUGGCACAGUGAAGAUGGUCAGCUGGGGUCGAUUCAUAUGCCUGGUCUUGGUCACCAUGGCAACCUUUUCCCUGGCCAGACCAUCAUUCAAUUUGGUUGAGGAUACCACCUUAGAACCUGAAGAGCCGCCAACCAAAUACCAAAUCUCUCAGCCAGAUGUACAUGCUGUUCUGCCAGGAGAGCCCCUUGAAUUGCGCUGCCCGUUGAAAGACGCCAUCAUGAUCAGUUGGACUAAGGAUGGGGUACAAUUGGGGCCCAACAAUAGGACAGUUCUUUUUGGGGAAUACUUGCAGAUUAAAGGUGCCAUUCCUAGAGAUUCCGGCCUCUAUGCUUGCACAGCUGCUAGGACUGUAGACAGUGAAACCUUGUACUUCAUGGUCAAUGUUACAGAUGCGAUUGCCUCAGGAGAUGAUGAAGAUGACAAUGAAGGCUCUGAGGAUUUUGUGAAUGAUAACAAUAACAUGAGAGCACCAUAUUGGACCCAUACAGAGAAGAUGGAAAAACGAUUACAUGCUGUCCCAGCAGCUAAUACAGUGAAAUUUCGUUGUCCUGCUGGAGGGAAUCCAGUACCAAGUAUGAGAUGGUUAAAGAAUGGAAAAGAAUUCAAGCAAGAGCAUCGAAUUGGUGGAUAUAAGGUACGAAACCAGCACUGGAGUCUUAUCAUGGAGAGUGUGGUUCCAUCUGACAAAGGGAAUUAUACAUGUGUAGUUGAAAAUGAAUAUGGAUCCAUCAACCACACAUACCAUCUUGAUGUUGUUGAACGAUCUCCCCACCGGCCCAUCCUCCAAGCGGGACUGCCAGCAAAUGCUUCUACAGUGGUUGGGGGUGAUGUGGAGUUUGUCUGCAAAGUCUACAGUGAUGCCCAGCCCCACAUUCAAUGGAUCAAACAUGUGGAAAAGAAUGGCAGUAAAUAUGGGCCGGAUGGAUUACCCUACCUUAAAGUUCUGAAGCAUUCGGGGAUUAAUAGUUCCAAUGCAGAAGUGCUGACUCUGUACAAUGUGACUGAGGCGGACGCUGGAGAAUAUAUUUGUAAGGUCUCCAAUUAUAUAGGGGAGGCCAACCAGUCUGCCUGGCUCACUGUUCUGCCAAAUAAACAAGCACCUGUAAGAGAAAAGGAGAUUACAGCUUCCCCAGAGUACCUGGAGAUAGCCAUUUACUGCAUAGGGGUAUUCUUAAUUGCCUGUAUGGUGGUGACGGUUGUGUUAUGUCGCAUGAAGACAACUACCAAGAAGCCGGACUUCAGCAGCCAACCAGCUGUGCACAAGCUGACCAAGCGCAUCCCCUUGAGGAGACAGGUAACAGUGUCUGCUGACUCCAGCUCCUCUAUGAACUCCAAUACACCCUUGGUGAGAAUAACAACUCGACUGUCCUCGACGGCUGAUGCCCCAAUGUUGGCAGGGGUCUCUGAAUACGAAUUGCCUGAGGACCCAAAAUGGGAAUUUCCAAGAGACAAGCUGACGCUGGGCAAACCCCUUGGGGAAGGUUGCUUUGGGCAAGUUGUAAUGGCAGAAGCAGUGGGAAUCGACAAAGACAAGCCUAAGGAAGCGGUUACUGUGGCAGUGAAGAUGUUGAAAGAUGAUGCUACGGAGAAAGAUCUUUCUGACCUAGUAUCAGAGAUGGAGAUGAUGAAGAUGAUUGGAAAACACAAAAAUAUCAUAAAUCUUCUUGGAGCCUGUACCCAGGAUGGUCCACUGUAUGUGAUAGUUGAGUAUGCUUCUAAAGGAAACCUACGAGAAUACCUCCGAGCUCGGAGACCACCUGGGAUGGAAUAUUCAUUUGACAUUAACCGGGUACCAGAAGAACAGAUGACUUUCAAAGACUUGGUAUCCUGCACGUACCAACUAGCAAGAGGCAUGGAAUACUUAGCAUCACAAAAAUGCAUUCACCGAGACUUAGCAGCCAGAAAUGUUUUGGUGACUGAAAACAAUGUGAUGAAAAUAGCAGAUUUUGGCCUGGCCAGAGAUAUCAACAACAUCGAUUACUAUAAAAAGACCACAAAUGGACGACUCCCUGUCAAAUGGAUGGCUCCUGAGGCUCUUUUUGAUAGGGUGUAUACACAUCAAAGUGACGUCUGGUCAUUUGGGGUGUUAAUGUGGGAGAUCUUCACUUUAGGGGGAUCACCCUACCCAGGAAUCCCAGUGGAGGAACUUUUUAAGCUGCUUAAGGAAGGCCAUAGGAUGGACAAACCAGCCAACUGCACCAAUGAGCUGUAUAUGAUGAUGCGGGAUUGUUGGCAUGCAGUACCCUCUCAAAGACCAACAUUUAAGCAGUUGGUGGAAGACUUGGACCGAAUUCUCACUCUUACAACUAAUGAGGAAUACUUGGACCUGAGUGGACCUCUGGAACAGUAUUCCCCCAGUUAUCCUGAUACGAGGAGCUCUUGUUCUUCCGGAGAUGACUCUGUGUUUUCUCCAGAUCCAAUGCCUUAUGAACCAUGCCUUCCCAAGUAUCAGCACAUAAAUGGCACUGUUAAAACAUGAAAAAAAAGUGAGUUCUCACUUCUUCAAAGAGAAGGAGACUUGGGAACUUUGAACACCAACCUACCUACAAUGAGCAGGGAGAUGUUUUCUCCAGGAAUGUGUUGUUUCGGCUUGUAUAUAUGAAUAAUAAGGAAUAAAUAAUACUUGGAGAAAAAAUGGUCGGGACACGUGUAAGGAUUUAUACAUUUUGAAGCUCUUAACCUUCACCAGGAAAAGAUGAAUGUUUAUGGGAGUGGACAGCACCAACUAGCACACCACAUCAACUUUCUGGCCUGCUGGAAGCAGCAACUGGAAAUUUACUGGCAAUGGACUUUUGGACUUAAGGCGAACACAAGUUCUGCCUUCCUUGUUUAUUUUGUAAUAUUUGGAGAAAAUAUAUGUCAGCACAUACUUACAGAGCACAAAUGCAGUAUAUAGUGCUGGAUGUAUGUAAAUAUAUUCAAAG